CUGACCUGGGGACAGCUGGAAGGACUAAUUGGAGUCGCGGCAGCGCGGGCUAUGGCCCGCUGGGGAGGGGUCCGAGUGACGUGUGCGCACUUAAAGGCCCGAGGUCAGCUGACCGCUGGCCACCGGUGACCAGCUCGUGGACGGGGACCGCGGGAAGCAAUGGUGGGGGCAGAGCCGAGCAGACUCGGGGGACCGCUGAGCCGCUGGGCGGGCCAUCGGGGCCCGGGGCUCGCAGCCAUCCUCCUGCUCCUGGUGUCCGUGCUGGGAUCGGAGGCGAGGGCGGAGGACGACUUCAGCCAGGUGCAGCCGCUGGUGACCCUGGAGCAGCUGCUGUGGGUGAGCGGGAGGCAGAUCGGCUCGGUGGACACUUUCCGCAUCCCGCUCAUCACGGCCACCCCGCGGGGCACGCUCCUAGCGUUCGCUGAGGCCAGGAAGAAAUCUUCAUCCGACGAGGGGGCCAAGUUCAUCGCCAUGAGGAGGUCCACAGACCAGGGUAGCACGUGGUCCUCCACAGCCUUCAUUGUAGACGACGGGGAGACCUCGGACGGGCUGAACCUCGGGGCUGUGGUGAGCGAUGUGGACACAGGAGCCGUGUUCCUUAUCUACACACUCUGCGCUCACAAGGUCGACUGCCAGGUGGCCUCCACCAUGCUGCUAUGCAGUAAGGAUGACGGCAGUUCGUGGAGCCCACCCCGCAAUCUCUCCGAGGAGAUCGGCACAGAGAUGUUUGCCCCUGGACCCGGCUCUGGCAUUCAGAAACAGCGGGAGCCUCACAAGGGCCGGCUCAUUGUGUGUGGACACGGGACGCUGGAGCGCGAUGGCGUCUUUUGUCUCCUCAGCGAUGACCAUGGUGCCUCCUGGCACUACGGCACUGGAGUGAGCGGCAUUCCAUUCGGCCAGCCCAAGCACGAGCACGAUUUCAACCCCGACGAAUGCCAGCCCUACGAGCUUCCAGAUGGCUCCGUCAUCAUCAACGCCCGGAACCAGAACAACUACCACUGCCGCUGCAGGAUUGUCCUCCGCAGCUACGACGCCUGCGACACCCUUAGGCCCCGGGAUGUGACCUUCGACCCUGAGCUCGUGGACCCCGUGGUAGCUGCGGGAGCCUUAGCCACCAGCUCCGGCAUUGUCUUCUUCUCCAACCCAGCCCACCCUGAGUUCCGAGUGAACCUGACCCUGCGCUGGAGCUUCAGCAAUGGUACGUCCUGGCAGAAAGAGCGAGUCCAGGUGUGGCCAGGGCCCAGCGGCUACUCGUCCCUGACAGCCCUGGAAAACAGCACGGACGGAGAGAAGCAGCCGCCGCAGCUGUUCGUCCUGUACGAGAAAGGCCUGAGCCACUACACCGAGAGCAUCUCCAUGGUCAAAAUCAGCGUCUACGGCUCGCUCUGAGCCUGGGGACGCCGGGUCCUGGAUGCUGACUUUGCAGAGGGCGCCUGAAACACAGCUCGCAUUUGCAGAAGCAACUUCUCCUGUGACAGAGAAGUCACUCCGUUAUGACUUAACUCCCAGCUUCCUCACCCAGACAGGAAAUCCCUCCCUCACCAGGAGCACUUUUUUUUCCCCCUAGAAUGCUGGAGAUAGCCCCUGUCCCGCUCUCUCCCAGGACAAUGGAGCCGGUCC